UUUAACUAAAGUCAAAGCAUGGAAGCCGCAACCAGACAACUAUUCAAAUCGUGUAGUUUCGUUGACGCCUGGUUCUUUAGGGUUUCUUGACAGUAAAUAAUAAUGAAGAGAAACUGUGGGGAGGGCAGAGAAAAGGACUUUUCAGUUUGUUGUGUGUCUGUCAUGUCAUCCGUUGGCAAUAGUUAAGCCUAAUUUAUUACGUAAUUGCUUAUGAUAGCUGUGGGAGUAACCCCACAUAUGGAGAUGGACAGGGUCAAUGGAUAUCGGGACGUGAUGGUAUGGGAUGGUAUCACCGAUGCUCACAGUCAUUUUGAUGGUGCCCUUUUAAACCAUUAUCCGAGCAACAACCCUAAUAGAAUGAAUGUAGAGCCAAAUACAGUGGCCUAUAUGGUGGAGAAUAUCAAUAUUCAAAGCGCCGCUUUGAAAAGGUUGGAAGAGUGCAGUAGCAAGGAGGGAUCUCAGAUUGAUCUCUUUGAUAAAACGAAGGUGACAAAGAUUGUAAGGCCUCUUAUAGAAGAGCUUCAUCAGCAUUAUGUCGAUGGUGAAAAUAAGGCUGUGCCAAAGGAUAAAGAAGUAAAAGCAGAAUCACCCAUAGAUUUGGAGGAUUGGCCAUCCAUUCAUCUAGAUAAUGGAAAGACAAUUAAAACAAGGCUUUUGAUUGGCGCCGAUGGCAUCAAUAGCCCGGUACGCGAUUUUGCUUAUAUUGAUUCCUUAGGCUGGGAUUAUGAUACCCAUGGCGUAGUGGCUACUUUGAAAUUGGAUCCUAAUCGUCCUAAUAAUACUGCUUGGCAAAGAUUUUUACCAAGUGGCCCCAUUGCGUUAUUACCAUUAAGCGAGGAAUACGCGUCCUUGGUAUGGUCAGUCAAACCUCAUCUUGCCAAAGCGCUCAAAAAUGUUUCUCCUGCUGAUUUCUGCACGCUCAUCAAUGCUGCUUACCGACUUCCCCAUGUCGACCUUCAAUACAUGUACAAACAAAUUUCUUCUUCACCCUCACCUGACAUGCCGUCCACAACACUCCAAGAUGAAUACGCAUGGAGAGAAAAUACAGCUACAAAGUCUUUGUCGGAUCAAUCCAUGCUGGACCGUGAAUAUGCUUUGCCUCCUCAAGUGAUCGAUGUGCAAGAAAAUUCACGCGCCUCUUUUCCUUUCCGUUUACGCAAUGCUGAACGGUAUGUGGCCGACCGCGUUGCCCUUGUGGGAGACGCUGCUCAUUCCACGCAUCCUUUGGCGGGUCAAGGUAUGAACCAAGGCCUUUUGGAUGUAGAAUGCCUGUCAAAAUUGCUAGAAAAAGGAACCAUGGAAGGUCAGGACAUUGGCAAUAUUCAUUUGCUGAGAAAAUAUCCUGCAGAACGUUAUUGGCGAAAUAUUCUGAUGCUCAGUAGCUGUGAUAAGAUAGAUCGACUGUUUUCAAAUGAUAUUGCUCCUGUGACAUGGAUUAGAUCGUUGGGUAUAAAGGCAGUACAUAAUAUGGAUUUUUUGAAGGCUGAAAUUAUGAAAUAUGCUAUGGGCAUUGAAUACAGUGGAGAUUUCAGACAUUAAAAAGAAAUGCAAUGUAAUGUAUUCGGCUUCAAUAAAACGGUCUCGCGGCAUGUGAAACUUAUAUUGGGGAAGAUAAAUGCACUAUUCUGCUGACAGACCCCAUUUGACACAUGAAACUUUUUCGUCUUUUUUUCUCCUUUUGUAUUCCUUUCUUGUCUUAUUUCUAAAGAAAGACU